GCUGGUUAACAGAGGAAGAAGAAGUUUGACCCCGAGACGCUCGAGGGCGCUAAGCAACAAUAAUCAUGACGUUUGGUGUUUUCGGUCCAGCCAUGGAAGAUGCUCUUCAACACUUUCCGUCGUGACUCUGAGAUGGACCAGGUGUUUUCAAAAUAUUCAUCUCGCCAGCAAGCUGACGGAUAACAGAAAGAAAGCAAACAUAUAUGGUCCACAGCAGCACCAGCAGUGACAUUACAGUGAUCUUCCUCUCAUUAAAAAUGGCAGCAGUGCACGCAGUGAGGGUCCUCGUCGGCCUCUGUCACUCAGUGGCAUUGCAGCCCAGAUUUGGACUCAUUCCAGUACAGCUGGCAUCAACAUGCCUUCUCAGGAGGCUUUGCAGUACUAAUGCUAAACGUACUGAGUCAAAGCUGCCAGUGUGCCCAGAGAAUGAAUCUCUGCUGGAGAACCUGAAUCUCAUGGGAGUUGAUGUGAAGAUGGCACGCCAGCGUCAGCCCGGGGUUCUCCGUAAAGCCUUCACAAACGAGCAAGGUCUCUUUCAGUUUCUGCAGAGCAAAGGCGCCAGCCGCAAAGUUAUCGCAGGCAUCAUAUCCCGUUAUCCCCGUGCUGUCACACGCUCGAUUGAACACUUAGAGCAGCGUUGGGGGCUUUGGAGAAAGAUCUUCAAGACUGAUUCAGAAAUUGUGACCAUCAUAGAUCGCUCACCCGAGUCUUUCUUCCGAUCCAGUGAUAACGAGAACUUAGAGAAGAACAUCGCUUUUCUGAGCUCACUCGAACUGAACACCAAAGACCUCCAUCGGCUGCUGACGACAGCGCCGCGGACAUUCUCCAACAGUUUACAGCUCAACAAGCGGAUGGUAGAGUUUCUGGAGGACGUCUGUGCUGAACUCGGUGGGAAGAAUCCAGAGCAGUUUCCCAAAGCCGUCAUAUCCAAAAACCUUUACAUUCUUAUCCGGAGCACUAAGAGAGUUAGGAAAAAUAUUGACACCCUGAGAUCUUCUCUGAAGCUGAGUGAUUCAGAACUGCUUGCUCUUCUUGAAGGCCAUGGAGCAAACAUUCUGGACCUUUCUAAUGAAUAUUUACAGAGGAAUUUUAACAGUCUGCGGCAGAAGAUGACUUCACUUGGCUGUCGGAAAGCUGACAUAAAACAACUGAUCUUAAGCUGCCCAUCGGUUCUGUACACUGGGCAGGACACGCUGUGCGUAAAACUGGACUGUCUCAUAAAAGGAGGAAUAACAAUGAAGCAGAUAGUGGAGAAGCCCAAGGUUUUAGACUACAGCACACAGAACAUUACAGAGCGACUUGAGAAGCUGCAGACCAUUGGAUAUGACUUCCAGAAAAACGGCAUCAACGUGCUGGAUUCCAGCAAAAAGCGGUUUCUUGCAAAGAUGGAAAAACUUUCUGUCUCACCAGAUGACUCAAUGUAACUGUAUGUGUGUUUUAAUAUUGCAUCAUGUUGGAUGCUACUGAUGUUUUUGUUUCAAGAUUUUAUUUUUUCAUGUAGUAGUGCAACUUUCCAACAUUCAUUUUCAAAAUGUCUGGGAAGGGCACAACUGAUUUUUUCUGAAUCAAUCAUUAGAUCCAUAAAAUAUCAGAAAAUAGGGAAAAAUCACCAUACCAUAAGAUCCACUUUCAGAAUGCUUGUCACCCAAAAACCCAGAGAUGUUCAGUUUCCUUUCAUAUAAAGCAAUGAAAGCAGCAAAUCCUUACAAGGGAGAAGCUGAGACUAGGACUUUAUACUUGAACAACUUAAAGGUCCAGUGUGUAAGAUUUACGUGGCUCUAUUUGCAGAAUAUGGAAUGUCAUAUUCAUAAGUAUGUUUUCAUUGGUGUGUGUAAUUAUCAGAAAACAAGAAUCACAACAUUUUUGUUACCGUAACUGUUUCACAACACCAUGGAUCCUCUUAAACAUUCAACCUUGUUGCACCACUAUUCACCAUUUUUCUACAGUAGCCCAGAAUGGACAAACUAAGCACUGGCUCUAGAUAGGGCUUUUUUUUAUUCCCCUGACUUUCCAAAGAUGAAUGAAUUAACAUGCUGGAGAGUUGUUUGAAGAUGCAAUCUUGAAAUAAAAGUGAAAU